UAUCAUGCCAUAGGCUAAAAUUCCAGUAAAAUACCUGUAACUCUGGACAGAAGACCUAACAGCCUUUAUUCUUUUAGGGUUUUUCAUAGCUCGCUGGGGUCUACCUUAUGCACAGAGUCCGAACUCAAAAGAUUUUUUACACUUGCAUAUGUUCCCUCGUAAGAGGAAAAAAUACAGAUGUAGAUCUACAUCAGAGUUCAUCGAAUUGAAUCCGGAUCCGAAUCGAUCGAGUUCACCGUUAAAUAGUCUCGAAAAAUUUUCACUCGAUGGUCUAUAGUCGACAUAGGCCGUAGAAUACCGACGGUGUUGUAGGCCUCAUUUUUUUGUUGUUGUUUUGAUAACGCUGUCAUUUGCUAUCUUCAAAUUGAUUCGUUUGUGCGUUUUUCAUUGAUAGUAAUGGUUUAUAUUUUCUUUAUGUAGUGUGAAAUUUGUAACUGCGUUUUUUCAUCAAUCCUACCUUAUAUCGUUUUUGCCAAUUCGUCUGCGUCGUAUUAAUAUGUUAACGCGUUAGUUAAAAUAGAAGAGAAACUAACAAAUGGUUAUCAAACUACAGUUUUAAAGUUUUUAAAUCAUGAAAAAAGAAAAAUUUCUCCUAUUCUUAUACUACAGACAAUCGUAUAUAUUGAACAUAUUAGCGUAUAAUGAAGUAAGAGUACUCUAAAAAAGAUUUGAGUUACUAUUUUAUUAUUCGUUAAGAUAGUGCAUUUUUUUGAGCAUAGUGCAAUAAUUCCCCUUAGCAAAACUAGAAAAAAUAAAUUUUGAAUUUCGAUUUGGAACUUUGCACAAAAAUACACCUUAGUAAGAAUCAUUUAUUGUUAAAUUUUCAGACCUUUUCGUAAUUUCUAUGUUGAAAUAAGAACCUAAGAAUUUGAUGAUGUAAUACAAGUAAUGUAAAAAGAAAACAUGCUGUUAUCAUAUGUGUAUUUUAGAAUAGGAACAAACCAAAGGACUGAAAACUUUCAUAACAAAUGAUUCUAAUUGAUAUGUGUUUUUAUGCAAAUUUUCAAGUCGAAAUUCAAAACUCAAUUUUCCUGAUGUUUCUGAGGGGAAGAUUAUUACUGCAUUGUGCUAAAAAAAUGCAAUAUCUCAACAAUUAAAUAGUAGUUCGAAUUCUUUUCAAGAUAAUCCUAACACAUAAUGAACUACAUGAUGCAUAGAGUCAUGACUCAAAGCAAUUGAACUGUUGAGAGACUUCCUUCGUGAAUUAAAUUAUCUCACAUAUUUAGUUCUUUCAUCCUUAAGAAUAUCUACUACUGAUGAUUAAAAGAAUAAAUUUUUGCAACAAUUUACAUAAUCCGAACAUGACUUUCUUCUAUUGUAAUUAUGUUUCAUUAAAUGAUAAUAAUUACUUAUUUAUUAAAAGUGAAGUCAUGCAUAUUUGAAAAAUUCUACAACUAUUGUUCGCACUCGAGCAGAGAAAAAAACUUAAAAUCUCAAAUUAAUUAGAGCUUGAAAUAAAUACUAAUACAAAUUCCACAUUAUUCUUUUUUUUCCCAUAUAUGACACACGAACAGAAUCUUAAAAUAUCUUCAAACGAAGAAAACUUUCAUUAUUUAUUUCUUUUCUUUUUUGUAGUACUUUUCCAUCAAAAUAUGCUGAACUUCAACAUCGACUUGCUGAAUCUAUUAAUUUAGAACGUUUAGCUCUUGAUCGUGCUGAAAAACAAUAUAAACUUGAUAGUAUUCUAAUUGAAUUAAAUGAAUUAGAUGAUAAAAUUCUUGAAAUAACAAAUUCAAUACGUCAACGUAAACGACCAAGUGAAAGUGCUAUUUCAUUAUGUAAACUAACAAAUCCAAUAAAUAAUAAUCAUAAUCAUCAACAAAAUGGAAAUAAUGACAAUGAUGCAUGGCGUAAAGGACGUCGACAAUCAACAUUACGUAUAUAUGAUGAAUUAGCAAGAUUAGUUGAUGAACGAAUUAAUAUUGAAAAACAACUUAUUGAUAUAAUUCCAUCUGUUGAAUUAUAA